UUUUUGCAAAAUUAGUGGCCACAAAAUUUGCUAACAAAUCAUUGCCUCUAAUAGAGGCAUGCAGGAAUCCUGUGUUCUGCAUCUGCACAGCUGCCCUUGCUUCGACCCCAAGAAACGCUGUGUGGGAAGUUCGUGUCUCAGAGCCGCAGCAUUGGUCUGCAGAGCGUCUGGAGCCAGUGUGUGCACAGAAACUGAUAAAUAGGGAAAAGGCCCAGUUUGCUCCAGCUGGACUCAGAGCUAGGAUCCCUGCUACAGCCACACGGACUUGCUCUGGCACUACUGAACCACUGGAAUCCAGAAACACAUCUCUCCACACAUUUCUGAGGAAAAAUGCAGACUUUGCCCAGGCCAAACUGAUCUAACUGAUAAGGACCUCAUGAUUCAGUCUCUUUCUUAAAAGUCUAGCACAUAGAAAAGUGAAUGAAACAGUGAAACCAGGAACAGAACAUGGCAAAUACAUUUGUCACUGUGCCUGAUGGGUAUUGUCUUGCUGAGCCCAUACAGUAUUAUGAUGUUUUACCAGAGCACAUCAAUUAUCAGCUGCAAGACACUGAUUUUCAGACUGCACCUUACUGCCAAUACUCAACCGUUCAAAUUCCUUCUCCAGUAUUACAGUCACAACCGUCACAACCCCAAUACAGUACAUAUACCCUGGACUCCCAAUACAAUGAUGGGCAGUAUAUAAUCAGUAACUGUGAAUUAAGUAAGCCCCCUUUCAUGGCUUCCCACCUUGAUGAUAGUGGAUAUCAAGGACUUAAAAGGCCCAGAUUAAACCACUCUUCUUUGAGAUUGAGAGGACAGGAAGAGCUUUGUGUUGUCUGCGGUGAUAAAGCCUCUGGGUAUCACUACAACGCACUUACUUGUGAAGGUUGUAAAGGCUUCUUUCGACGCAGCAUAACCAAAAAUGCAGUGUAUCGAUGUAAGAAUGGUGGUCAUUGUGAAAUGGACAUGUACAUGCGAAGGAAGUGUCAGGAAUGUCGCUUAAAGAAGUGUAAAGCUGUGGGAAUGCUAGCAGAAUGUUUGCUGACUGAAGUACAGUGUAAGUCAAAGCGACUCAGGAAGAAUUUCAAACAAAAGAGCAGUUUUCUUUGCAACAUAAAACUGGAGGAUGAGAGACUGAAUAGUAAGCAUGUAUCAUCUACAACAAGAUCUGGAAAAAUUCCAGAGAAGAUGGAACUUACUCCAGGGGAACAUCAACUUCUUGACCACAUUGUAGCAGCACACCAAAAAUAUAUGAUUCCCCUUGAGGAAGCAAAGAAGUUUCUGCAAGAAACUGCAAGUCCUGAGGAAAGUUUUCUCCGUCUCUCUGAGACAGCAGUUGUCCAUGUGCAAGUGCUAGUGGAUUUCACAAAAAGACUCCCAGGAUUUGAAAGUUUAGCGAGUGAAGAUCAGAUUGCACUGCUAAAAGGGUCAACAGUUGAGGCAAUGUUUUUGCAUUCAGCCCAGAUAUAUAACCAAAGAAUUAGUGAGUGCCAAUCAUCAACAAGUGAAAGUCAUAUAAGGCUUCCUGAUCAUGCGACGUGUUGUCAUGUUCAAAACCUUGAUAGAAACAUUUAUUCUAUUGAAGUAUCACACAAUGAAGAGAGUCCAACUUCCACUACUACCACAGGUAUAACCGAGGAGUUUAUUACCGCACUGUUUUACUUCUACAGAAGCAUGGGGGAGCUGAAAGUUACUGAGACCGAAUACGCCCUGCUUGUAGCAACAACGGUAUUUUUUUCAGACCGCCCCCUCCUGAGGAACAAGCGGUACGUCGAGGAGCUUCAGGAGCCGCUCCUGGGCAUCCUCUACAAGUACUCGAAGAUCUAUCACCCUGAGGACCCCCAGCACUUUGCCCGCCUCAUCGGGCGUCUCACAGAACUGCGCACCCUUAACCACACCCACGCGGAGGUGCUGGUGACGUGGAGGACAAAGGACCCUAGGCUAACCUCCCUGCUCUGCGAGAUCUGGGACCUGCAGUAGCACGCGCCGACCCCGCGCGCCGCAGCGCCACAAACGCCUCGCGCUUUCCUCAGCGCCGUUCCCGCCCCGCGCAGCCCGGCGCGCGCCGCUCCCGCCGCCCCCCGUCCCGCUUUGAGCGCGCGCCUUCACCUCCCGCCUUUGUGUCCUCCCUCGGCGGCCGGCUGAGGGAGACCGGUUGGAGCGGCGGGGCGUCAUGAGACGUCGUCUCUGAGACCUGCCCUCUCCUCCGAGGCCAUGGAAAAAGGAAAGCCAUUUAAAUUGUUCGUGCCGCCGCGACUGAGCGGCGGUCAGGUGUCUGCAGUCAAACCUCAGACCAGCGCUCGGGCCGCGGGGCUGUGUCAGGUAAAUGGCGCUGCUCUGGAGGCUGCGGCGGACGGGU